AUGAGAAAGUUCAAUCAGACAUGCUUGACUGAGAUCAUUCUUUUAGGCUUCUCCGAUUUCCAGACCAUGCAGAAUCUUUUGUUUUGUUUAGUACUAAUAUUCUACUUGGUGGCACUCACUGGGAACAGUCUGAUUUUGAUCCUCACCAUUACUGAGCCUAUGCUUCACAAACCAAUGUAUUUCUUUCUCCUGAACCUGUCCUUGCUGGAAAUUGGCUACACCUCAUCCAUCAUCCCUAAGACUCUAAUGCACUUAUUGUCAAAGGAACAAACCAUUUCCUUUGCAGGUUGUGGGAUUCAGAUGUAUUUCUUCAUUCUCUUUGGCAUCACGGAGUGUUGCCUUCUCUGCGUCAUGGCAUACGACCGCUAUGUCGCCAUAUGCAAACCUCUGCAAUAUUCAUACAUCAUGGGCUCCCGGGAAUGUGGUCAACUGGCUGCCAUCUCAUGGGCCAUUGGUAUUUUGGUAGCUUUUGGGCAGUCCAUUUCAAUAUUUACUCUUCCCUUUUGUGGACCUAAUAGAAUGAGCCAUUUUUUCUGUGAUAUUUUGCCUGUUUUGAGACUGGCUACUGCCGAUACUGUCAAGAAUGAAGUGGCAGUUGCCACAGUAACAGUGUUCUUCAUCCUUGUACCCUUUCUGCUCAUCCUCUUGUCCUACAUCCUUAUCAUCUCCACCAUCCUCAUGAUGCCUGUGGCCAAGAACAGACGCAAAGCCUUCUCUACCUGUUCUUCUCAUCUCAUUGUUGUUUCACUUUUCUAUGGGACUGUCACCUUCACCUAUGUCCGACCCAAAUCAAUCUAUUCCUUGGACAGUGACAGGGUCCUUUCCCUCCUCUACACAGUAGUGACCCCAACAUUUAACCCAAUCAUUUACACACUGAGAAAUAAAGAGAUGAAAGCUGCUUUUAAAAAGUCAAUAGUGCGGAAAACCAUCUUCUGGAGAUAA